AGGCCUUACUAUUAUUAUAAAUUUCUCUUUUGCUCAAGUUUCUAUGAGUCCCUAUAUGAUUCAUCCUUAUUCAUUCGGUUAUACCGUAAAGGAUAAAUUUGGUGAUCAGCAUAGGCAAGAGACUGGAGAUGGACAGAAAUUUAUCAAGGGUAGCUAUGGUUACCAAGAUUCUCAACGUCUGCAUCGUCAGGUAGACUAUAUUGCAGACAAAGAUGGAUUCAGAGCUGAAGUGAAGACUAAUGAGCCUGGUACAGCUAGUCAAAAUCCAGCUGCUGUUCAGAUGAUAUCUUCAGCACAUCCCUACUUUGGCAUCGGAUACGAAUUUGGAGAUGGAGCUGGUGGAAGUAAGAAAGAUGCAGGAAAAACUAGUGUUGGAAAAUUUGCAGGAAUAAAGCAAGGCUUCGACGAUGGAUUAGGAUAUGAAGAUGGAACGAAAGGCCAGGAACUGGGUACCUAUUUGGGUCACAAAGGAAUGAAAGGUCUUGGAUAUAGUAAUGGUUUCGGGUAUGGAGCUGAAGGAAUAAUGGAUAAAGGAUUUGGUAAUGGAUUUGGGUAUGGAAUUGGAGGAAUAAAAGGCCAAAGUUUUGAUGCUGGUUUUGGAUAUGGAAAUGGAGGAAUGAAAGGUCAUGCAUUUAAUAAUGAUUUUGGAUAUGGAACUGGAUUAAAAGGUCUAGGAUAUGGUGACGGUAUUGAAUAUGGAAAUAGAAUGAAAAGCCUUCAUGGUAGGUCAGGUUAUGGCGGGGGAGUUAAAGGUCUAGGAUUAGGCAACGUCUUUAGGUAUGGUGGCACGAAAGGCGGAAAAGGAGUCAGUGAUAUAGCAUUGAGUUUCAAAAGAACAGGAUAUGAUGAUAUUGGGCAUGAUGGGUAUACAUUAGAAAUUUAAUUCGCAACUAACAAUGUAAAAUUUAACAGUGUGUAUUUUGCACGGACAUUUUCGGCUAAAUAUUUGUAAAUAAAAUCCUUUUAUUAUUUUUUUGCUUUUGCAUAGACAAAAUAACAUAUGCAAUUAAAUAACAAUUUGGUAUUCAUAAAUGUGUAUA